AUGGCGCCCCCCAAAUCAUCACAACCAAGUAGUGGCAGUGCAGGUGUCGAGGGCUCGUCAACCUCUGCGACUGCAAGCACUUCCGCAGCUGCUGCCGCCAGCACCAGUUCGGCCAGAUCCACCUUGCCGUCGUCCAAAUCAUCAUCACCAAAGCCUCAGUCCUCCUCAAACUCUACCUCACACAAACUGCCCGCCUCCUUAGCAUCCUCCUCCUACUCCGUGCUGCCCAAGAUGUCGGAUCCCACACCACCACCGAGCAGUGCAAACCGCACACGCCGCUCGUCGUCACCAGCCGCUGCAGCAGCGACAUCGACAUCGUCAAUAAGCAAGCGGCCAUCGCGAGACAGCACCAACGGCGACAGCACCAACGGCACCGCCGCGACGAACGGCGACGCUGCAUCGCACUACGGCACGCGGUCACGCAACCGGACCGGCGGCGCGCGCCCCAACUACGCUGAGGACAAGGACAUGGACAUGUUCGAAAUGUACCCUGAGCGACGCGACGACGAACCCGCCAAGAAGGCCGAGUCGUCGUCCUCGUCGUCACGCAAGUCCGCCAACGCAGGAUCCUCCGGCUCAACAGCUGCUGGCGCGUCGUCGUCUGCCUCGCUCCUGGACAGAGAGCCGCUUCGCCCAACGAAUGGCCACAGCAAUGGCAGCUCCGAACGCGAACGCGAACGCGACCGGUUACGCAAGCCGUUGCCUUCGUCUUCCGCAAACGCGUCUGACAGCGGCGCCGCCAGCAGCAGCAACCACCAGAACAGCACCAGCCACAGCAAGUCCUCGUCGUCCGCGCAUUCGCAGCACAAGGACAGAGACCACCAUCACGCCUCGUCGGUCGCAUCCACCAACGGUACCAGCAGUCAAUCACAAUCGUCGUCCAACCCGCGGAAGCGCAAGGCAGCCGCCGGUUCCAGUUCCAGCGACAAGGCCAGCCCCAGCAGCGGCAGCAGUAGUGGCACCGCGUACGGCUCGUCCACGCCGCUCCUCAACAUUUCUCUCAAGAAGAAUGGCGCUGCUGCCGCUGCCGCUGCCGCCGCCGCAUCGUCCGCAUCGCACGCCGAUGGCACAAAUGGCUACGGCAACACGAAUCUGAUGACAUUUGAAAAGCACGGUGCCAAGCCGACCAAGGCUGGUCAGCUCGUGGCCGACGACGGCUCUGUGCUGAAUGUGAAUGACCACGUAUACCUGGUAUGCGAACCACCUGGCGAGCCCUACUAUCUGGGCCGUGUGAUGGAAUUUCUGCAUCCCAAGAACAACACGUCUCUCCCUGUCGAUGCGGUGCGCGUCAACUGGUAUUACCGGCCUAGGGACAUUGGCCGGAAAGCGCAGGACACUCGCUCCGUUUUCGCCACCAUGCACUCCGACAUUUCGCCAUUGACUGCGCUGCGCGGCAAAUGUACGAUCAAGCACAAGGCCGAAAUCGACAGCCUGGAUUUGUACCGCAAAGAGCCCAACUGCUUCUGGUUCGAUAAGCUCUACGACCGCUACAUCCAGAAAAACUACGAAGUCAUCCCGACGUUCCAAAUCGUCAACGUGCCGGAUCGCGUCAAAAAGGUGCUCCACGAGCGCUGGCGCUACAUUUUAAUCGAGCAGGGACGUGGCAAGGAUCUCACUGCUGCUGCAAAGCAGUGCAAGCGUUGCAGUGGCUUUUGUGCAAGGUAA